AUGGCGAGCGGCGGCAGUGGGGGGGUUUCGGUGCCUGCGCUUUGGAGUGAAGUGAACCGUUAUGGCCAGAACGGUGACUUCACGCGCGCUCUCAAAACCGUCAACAAGAUACUGCAGAUCAACAAAGAUGACGUUACUGCCCUGCACUGUAAAGUGGUUUGCCUUAUCCAGAACGGAAGUUUCAAGGAAGCCUUGAAUGUCAUCAACACUCACACCAGAGUGUUUGCCAAUAACUCUCUUUCCUUUGAGAAGGCAUACUGUGAGUACAGGCUGAACAGAAUUGAGAAUGCCUUGAAGACAAUAGAAGGCGCCAACCAGCAGACAGACAAACUAAAGGAGCUUUAUGGACAAGUGUUAUACCGGUUAGAACGCUAUGAUGAAUGCCUGGCUGUAUAUAGAGAUCUUGUCCGCAACUCCCAAGAUGAUUAUGAUGAGGAGAGAAAAACAAAUCUUUCAGCCGUUGUUGCAGCUCAAAGCAACUGGGAAAAAGUGGUUCCAGAGAACUUGGGGCUGCAAGAAGGCACGCACGAGCUGUGCUACAAUACUGCGUGUGCUCUCAUAGGACAAGGCCAGCUGAGCCAGGCAAUGAGAAUUCUGCACAAAGCUGAAGAUCUCUGCCGCCGUUCAUUUUCAGAAGACUCUGAUGGGACUGAAGAAGACCCCCAGGCAGAACUGGCCAUCAUUCAUGGGCAGAUGGCCUAUAUUCUGCAGCUUCAGGGUCGUACAGAGGAGGCUUUGCAACUUUACAACCAGAUAAUAAAAUUAAAACCAACAGAUGUGGCAUUGCUAGCCGUGAUUGCAAAUAACAUCAUUACAAUUAACAAGGACCAAAAUGUCUUUGACUCCAAGAAGAAGGUGAAGUUAACCAAUGCAGAAGGAGUGGAGUUUAAGCUUUCUAAGAAACAACUGCAAGCUAUAGAAUUUAACAAAGCUUUACUUGCUAUGUACACAAAUCAGGCAGAACAGUGUCGCAAAAUAUCUGCCAGCUUACAGUCACAGAGUCCUGAGCGUCUCCUUCCUGUGCUAAUCCAAGCUGCCCAGCUCUGCCGUGAAAAGCAGCACACGAAAGCAAUAGAGCUGCUGCAGGACUAUUCAGAUCAGCAUCCAGAAAAUGCUGCUGAAAUUAAGCUGACCAUGGCACAGCUGAAAAUUUCCCAAGGUAAUAUUUCCAAAGCAUGUUUGAUAUUGAGAAGCAUAGAGGAAUUAAAGCAUAAACCAGGCAUGGUGUCUGCAUUAGUGACAAUGUACAGCCAUGAGGAGGAUAUUGACGGUGCCAUCGAAGUCUUUACACAGGCCAUCCAGUGGUAUCAAAGCCAUCAGCCCAAAUCUACUGCUCAUUUGUCCUUGAUAAGGGAAGCUGCAAACUUCAAACUCAAAUAUGGGCGGAAGAAGGAGGCAAUUAGUGACCUAGAACAGCUAUGGAAACAAAAUCCCAAAGAUAUUCACACCCUGGCGCAGCUUAUUUCUGCUUACUCACUUGUAGAUCCUGAGAAGGCAAAAGCUCUUAGUAAACACUUGCCCUCAUCGGAUAGUAUGUCUCUAAAAGUAGAUGUUGAGGCUCUUGAAAAUUCUCCUGGUGCUACGUAUGUUCGGAAGAAGGGUGGAAAAGUUGCUGGAGACAGUCAACCAAAGGAGCAAGGACAGGGAGAUUUGAAAAAAAAGAAGAAAAAAAAGAAGGGAAAACUGCCUAAGAAUUAUGACCCAAAAGUGACCCCAGAUCCAGAAAGAUGGUUACCAAUGCGUGAACGCUCCUACUACCGAGGAAGGAAGAAGGGUAAAAAGAAGGAUCAGAUUGGAAAAGGGACUCAGGGAGCAACUGCAGGAGGUUCCUCUGAACUGGAUGCCAGUAAAACUGUGAGCAGCCCGCCCACCUCGCCAAGACCUGGCAGUGGAGCCACAGCGUCCACAUCUACAAGUAACAUCAUACCCCCACGACACCAGAAACCCGCUGGGGCUCCAGCAACAAAAAAGAAACAGCAACAGAAAAAGAAGAAAGGUGGGAAAGGUGGCUGGUGA